UGAAUCAUUUAUGCUUAAAAAAUAAAGAUAAGUAAAUGAAGAAAAAAAUUAUCUUUAUUUUAUAAAAGUAAAUGAUUCCUUUAUAUUUAUUUAUUUAUUUUUAAAAAUAAAGGUACAAAUAAAUAAAUAAAUAUAAAGGAAUCAUUUACUUUUAUAAAAUAAAGAUAAAUUUUUUUUUCAUUUAUUUAUAUUUAUUUUUUAAGUAUAAACGAUUCAUUUACAUUUAUUUUCCAAAGUAACACUAAAUUAACACCCCUAGACCGGAUCGCUGGAAAACCACUUAGAAAACUUUUUAAAACUCGAAAAGCAUUUCAUUAGAUAAAAUAUAUAGGAUAAUCUAUAAAAAACGCGCUUUUAAGUUUAUCUCUAGCUUGCAGGCCAAAAGACCACGUGCAUAGCAAAAGUUGCCCACUGUGACAUGUUCAGUGCAAACCGAAAGUUUUUUCAAAAAAGAGGCACCAUCCUUAAAUGUAGUGUUAUUGCAUAUUAGUUUAAGAAUAUUCAUAAUCUCUGACUUCUGCGUCAUCUAUACAUUACGAUAGACUAGUAUCGAACUUAUUUUACUUUGCUGUUUGUUUAUUCACAUUCGUGCUACGCUGUUUCAUUCAUCUGAGCUAUUUUUUACUCAUUGUUUCAUAUGUAGGCAGUUCAUGAUGACUCAACGAAUCAUUAUUAGAUUUUCGUGCAAUUUUUCAGGUUUUGACGAAAGUUUUGGAUUUAAUUAGGGAUUGAAUUACUGAGAUAUUCACCAUUGUACGCUGUAGAGGGCAUUGUUUUUAUAAAUAUCUCAAUAGUUCUCAUAUAGCAUGAUAAAUGAAACUAAUAGUGUACAAUUCAUUUAGGUAUCUUUUCUCUGUUCAUUUGGACUUUUUUCAUCUAUCAUUCCUAUCUUUUGGACGACGCUGAAUUUACUUUUCGUAAUAGUCUGUGUUCGUUUGAGUUUCUUUUCUUGUUAAAUCAUUUCAUCUUUAAUUAAUUCGAGAUGAAUGUGUUAUGUGAGAAAAAAGAAACAGAUCUAAAUGUGUCUGCAACAUUAGAAGCAAAUAAUAUUGCAUUGGCAGUCGCAUCAUCUUCAAAUACUUCUGUGCUCUCAUCAACGUCGUCACUAUCUCUCACGAAACGAUCUGCGCCUGAAUACGGUAAUCUAGUGCAUCUUACAUGUGUUUACGUAAAAAUUAUCCUCACUCCGUUUAGAAACAACAGACGGUCUACACGCAUAUUCUUUUGGACUUGUUCUUCUUUUACUUAUAAAUAUUAUUAAUAUUAUUUUCGUUUGAACUGUAGAACCAACUGAUGCUGACGACGAUGUGGAUACAUUGAAACGGUCGAAACGAACACUUUCAUCGUCUUCAACACAUUCGACUCUUUCAAACCCUGAUGGUAAUCAAGUUGAGGAAAUAACUAAUGGUGAAGAUGAAAUGUUAGUUUACAACUCAAACAAAAUGACAUCGAAUAAUAAAAUGUAUAUUUUCAUUUGUUUAGAUCUAAAAAUGCUGGAAAGUGAUAAAUUAGAAAGUGUGACAUCUGAUCCUACAUCAAAAUACGAUCCAUCACCACUACCAUCGUCAUCACAGAUUGACGAUGAUGAAGAUAGUAGCGAAAUGCUUUAUCGAUUAGCAUCAAUGAAAUCAAUCAGCAGUAAUCAGAGAAUUAUAAUUAUUAAAUGUAUAGCUGUUAUUGUAUGUCUCAUUCUAGGCAUGGACAUCGAUGAUGAAACAUCACAAUCUGCUGAUGAUAAUAGUUUCAGAGGUGUUCCAAUUGAAAAUUUAACGAAUAUUUUACAAAAUGCACCAAGAUUAAGUAACAUGGAACACAUAAUGGAUACAAAUCAUACAUUUAUGAUGAAACCAUAUAAAUAUAAUGUAAAUAAUCCAACAGAGCCAAAGCCGAAUAAUGUACGCUAUAUUGACAAAUGGGAUUUUGAUCAUAUAAAAAUGCCUUGCUCAGAAACCAUUGAACAUUGUACGGGUCGUGAUUGGCAAAUUCUGUAUCUUGAGCAACUUUUAAAUGAGGUGUAUAAGAUUUAUUCAUCCGAAGAUCGUGCACAUUUCUUAUCCGAUGUUUUAUUAAAUAUAAUUACAUUGGCAUUAAAAGUUAAUGAAAUUUGUGGACAAAUUGAUUUUGCAAAUAAAUACAUUGGUGGUGAGGUGAUGAAUCAUGGAUGCGUUCAAGAAGAAAUACGUUUUGUUAUAUGUCCAGAAAUGUUACUUUCAUUAUUAUUAUGCGAAGUUAUGGAACCUCAAGAGUGUAUUUUUCUCACUGGUUAUUCAACAACAUAUAAAUGGCUUGGUAAUUAUGAUGAUCAAACUCCAAGAGAUGAAUGGGGACGUCGUUUAUGUCAUGUUGUAGCAAUAGAUGCUAUAUGUUUUAAUAAUCCUGCAAUGCAAUGGAAUGGUAAAUAUGUUCGUCGAGAAUUAUUAAAAGCCUAUUCAGCGUUUCGUGUACUUGCUGGUGAAAAAAAAUUACUUGAAGGAAAUGUAGUAGGUAUAGCUACUAGAAAUUGGGGUUGUGAUGCAUUUCGUGGCGAUAAACAACUAAAAACCAUAAUUCAAUUGAUGGCUGCAUCUGAAGCUGAACGUUCGCUAAUAUAUAUUACGUAUGAUGAUCGUGUUUUGGUUGAUACAUUUUCUAAAUUAUAUGAUUAUUUAAUUCAAAAAGAUGCAAGAGUGAAAGAUUUAUAUAAAUAUUUAGCAGAAUAUUCACAAAUUGAGACGAAUCUAAAUAUAUUUGAUUAUAUAAUGACAACACUAAUGGCAAUUGAAAAAUUAGUGACAACUAAUAAAAAUACUACCAAUAAUACAACAUCGGAUGAGACGAAUAUCGAAUCAUCGACAAUUACAACGAAACAAAAUGAUGAUAAAGAUUCGUAA